AGCGGGGUAGGCUCUGCAGACCCUGACUCUGGGUGCCCUGCAGUGAUGCCAGGGCCCUGACCAUGUGGCUCAGGGUUUGACUCCAGGUUGGAGCUGUUGACACUGUGCGGGUUCCCUCCUAGCUUCCAGCCCUGCAUGCCUCACCUGGAGGGACAGAAACUGGUGUCCUGUCUGUGCCAUCAGUCCUAGGGAAGCGUCCUUUGCCCAUAUUGUGUCCUUGGGAGAGCUCCGAGGCUUUUAGGAGCAUUGGGGUUGUCAGCCAAGGAAAGAAAGACCUACUCCGGCCAGUACGUGGAUACCCAGAGUUUCCCAGCUAGAGGCCAUGCUCCUUUGCUCAGGGUCAGGUUUAUUGCCAAGGGAUUCUUCCCAGGCCAGUGCUGGCAUUUGGGGUCCAGGCCCUGCAGCUGUGUAAGGGGUCUGUAGUGGUGGCUUCAGGAGUUCCUUGGGUAGCUGGGUGCCACGAGCGCAGGGCACUGGCUUCCUUGGCCAGGGGCCCCUUCUAGUCCUGCGUGCUUCGCAUCUUACCAAGCUCCUGGCCUGCAGCUGCGAGCGAGGGAGUGGUUCCUUCGGUGGCUGGAAGGUGAGUAUAAGCAGGGCCACGGGCAGAAAUCAGUCUGCUCUCUGAGUGCCGCCAGCUCGGCCAGGCCGCAGGGAGGGAGAACCAAAGACCGCUGCUGUGGCCCUUAGACGAGGUGCCCGUGAGGCGGACCCCAGCCCUGUAGCAAGUGCAAGAACAGCGCCUUCGAGACAGCAGCUGCUGAGAGCGAGUCUGGAAGGCAGGGCCCCCGCAGGCCCACGUGUCCUGAACGCGGAGGAAGGUGGCUGGCUAGUGGCAGCAGGUACGCAGAAGCCCUGAGGUUUCAGAGAAACACCCGGUAGGCAGCUGGCGCAGGAAGUCCGGCCCCGUUCCAGUCAGACGGCCACGUUUCCCCCACAGCAGCAGGGCUGCGAGCUGGGGGACAACAGCACAGCAAAACCUCAGCCCCAUUUCCUCUCACCGUGAGGCGUGCUGAGGAAACGCUCCUGGGCUGGACGCAGAAGUGCAGACGCGGAGGUGCCUGGGAGGCUGAGGCCAGGUGCUGCCGGCCAGACGCAGGAUGGCCAGGCAUGAGAGAGCACUGACAGGGAAUCCCAUGGGCACGGGGCCCUCCCUCUCCUCUGCCAGCCCCACAGCUGAGACCCCGGCUCUGCUCAACCCUACGGCCCAGGACAGUCCCCGGCAGUCGCCUAGCAGGGGUGGGUCCGGGGCACCACCAGCCUGUGCCCUCUGCUCCUCCAUCAUCCCCCCUGUGGUUGCGGUCCUGCUGGGCCUGUCCGUGGCCGCUGCGGUGCUCUGCAGGAGGCGCUGCCGGACUUCAGACAAGUUCCCGAGCCAGGAUGACAUCCGCGCUGCCGAAGCGGGGGCUCCCCAGACCCAGCCCUUCGUGGGGGGGUGCCGGCAGGGGGCUCCCAGGCCCCUGGCAGGGACUGCAUGGUUCCCGCUGAAGGAGGCACGCACCUCCUUCAAGAUGUGGAGACACAAGCAGGGCCUGGCACGUGUCCUGCAGGGCGUGGCCCUCAUGGAGCUGAUCAAGGAUGGCAAGCACGGUCAGUUCUACCGCGCCAGGCUGAGCACAGGGAGCCACCGGGGACACAAGCUGGUCACCUGCAAGAUUGGCCGCCGGGGCCUGCCAGCAGCACGAGUGGAGCUGGAGGUGAGGAUCCUGACGACGCUGGGCCACCACAAGCACAUCCUGCAGCUCCUGGACUGGAACAUGGAGCAAGAGCCCUAUGUGCUGAUCCUGGAGCACGCCGGCCUUGGCACGCUGCGCACCUUCCUCCGCUCCCGCCAGGAGCAGCUGCGCAGCUGUGGGGACCUGCAGGCUCUGCUCACCAUGGUGGCUUACCACAUCUCCCUGGGCAUGAAGCACAUCGCUGACAAGCAGGCAAGUGCUGGCAGGUGCUGCAUCGGGACCUAGCACUUCGCAACAUCCUGGUCAGUGCAUUCCCGCAUGGGUGCAAGAUUGCUGAGUUCGGGCUGGCUAGGGAGCUGGGCCAUGAGGGCCCCCUCCGGCACACAAAGGUGGAGGUCCCCUUGCGCUGGUACCCCCCGGAGUACUUCCGAGAGAGCAUCUAUGGCCUGGCUGGUGAUGUCUGGGCCUUUGGGAUCGUGCUGUGGGAGAUGGAGAUGCUAGGCUGCUCCCCAUACCCGUACCUGGACAACUCUGAGGCAGUGAUGUUCCACGUGUGCUCGGGGUACCGGAUGAGCAGGCCACUUGGAUGCAGAGAGCAAAUUGCCAGGCUCAUGGAGCAGUGCUGGGCGGACGACCCCCGCGAGCGGCCGUGCUUCUCCGCUAUUGUCCAGGAGCUGGAGGACAUCGUGGAGGAGGAUGCGGACUACCUACAGCUGGAGGACAGCGGCCACCCGCAGAGCCCUUCCCUGCUGCCAGCCUCUCUGAGCACAGCGUGGGGGCUGGUGGGCGACAGGGACGCCAGAGCCGGGCUCUACACCUGAGCAGCCGCGGGCUGGGCACGGACGGCUCCGCUGGACCGGGGCCCGCCGGCAACACUGGGGACCGGAGCGGGGCGAGGACAGCGCCGGGCCGGGGACGCGGAAGGAGAAGCUUCGCCGCCUGCAGCCCGGCCGCGUCGCCCUCCUGGGGCCGAGGGACCUGCCGCCGGGCUCGGGCUCCGGGCAGCACCGCCUGCCCCUCCCGGGGCAGCGCCUGACGCCCACGAGCUGCGGACACGUGUCACUCCAGACAGCAGCCGCCGCGGCCGAGACCCGGGCGGCGACGGCUGCGAACAAAUAAACCGUCUCGCUGCC